CGCUUCCUACUGUAUCCCCACAGUGACAUCACGUGCGACUAGAAGAUAGGCGCAGUGAGCGGGGAUUGUCAUCUUUUAGUGAAAUUUUGGGCGAUACUUCAUUAACUCAUGUUCCUACUCAACUUAUAUUGUCCGAUAAAUCAUCAAGAUGAAGUCAACAGGCCACGUAGCGGGUGAUAUGAAAUGGCACGUCUAUCGCUAUCCCCAGAAGCCAAAAACCCUCAUGGUGAUUGGCAGCAUUCUAACGCGACCUGAUGAUCUGGAAUCUUCCCUGAACUACCCCAACGGGAUUGAGCCGCUUAAGCCAGACCAGGUCAUGGACCAGACACAGGCCGUGAAAAGAACUAUAAGAUCUGAGCUAUCGAAGAAUGCCGGGGCGCGAUUGAAAGCAAUGCUCCCCGUCAAUCCCUUCAUCAGCGCCGGGGCAGGCUUUGAGGCUGAUCGGACGAGGCAGCUUGAAGCAACAGUGGAUGCCCUUGGUGUUCGCGCAGUGUCCAUCAUGCCCGACACGGCGAGAGAGUAUAUCAAUCAAGCGUUGGCAACGCCCAGAGUAGUCCAGUAUGUGAAAGAGGGUCUCUGGUCCCGGUCUCUGUACCUCAUCGUCGGCACAGCCACUUGCAAGAAGCUAGUCAUGAGCGACAGUCAAUCGGUGGAAAAGAAAGCUUCAGCGGAAGCUGAUGUCGCUAUCGCAGCCACGGGUGUCGAGGCCGGCACCGGGUUUUCAAAGGGCCACCAAGCAUCUGUAAGUUCGGAAAUGGAAGUCGAAGAGGAGUGCGACUUCGCAUAUAGAGUGAGAGAAUUCCAGUAUUCGAGGCGGAAGAAGGGGGUGAAAAGAACAAAAGACUGGCUCGAAGGUGCCAUGUUUACAAAUGAUUCGGAAGGCAAAACGCCGCUUACCAGCGCAGAGGCUGAGGCGUUGUCAGAUGAGAUUCCAGAAUUUGACGGUUUCGAGGACGAGGAUGAGGAUAUACCAGAGGACAACUAGAUUCAAGCUUCACCUUGACCUUCACCUUCACAA